AUGGCUGACAACACACGUGUCUGUGACCUUACUAACCAGCUUCAUAUUCAAGAACAACAAUUCGUCACACUCGAGCAGACUGUUGAUCAUCGCGUGGAAACUUUUGAGACUGCUCAAAACCAGCAAUUUGAAGAGCACAAUCAAAGUUUUGAGGCUGUCAAUCACCAGAUCCAGGAGGUAUUCACCCUUUUACAGACAAUGCUACAGCAGAUCGCAAAUCUAGGGUCCGGUUCUCAGGCGAGUCUCCUGGGUUCACCACCCGGACGUCCUGCUUCCCAGACGCGUUCCAUGAAAAUUGAAUUUCCACGGUUUGGCUUGGGCGAUCCUAGCCCAUGGCUCUUUGCGGUGGAUAGGUAUUUUCGCUAUCACCAUGUUCCCGAUCAUAAGCGAUUAGAUCUUGUCUCUUUUAAUUUGGAUAUGCCUGCUUCUUAUCCUUUGGGUUCUUUAGCCAAAUUACAGCAAUCGGGUUCUGUUAUGGAGUUCCAAUCAACGUUUGAGUUGCUUGCUCGACGUGUUCCAGCGUUAACACCGAUUAAUAGAAAGAUCCUUUUCAUUUCAGGCUUAAAACCCCACAUCCGCCGUGCAGUUCUAGUUCACAGGCCAUUAGAUGUUACAACAACUCUUGCUUAUGCCAAAUUGUAUGAAGAACAGUCAGCGGACAGUCAAAAUGCUCGGCCAUGGCAAAAUCUUACUGGCUCCAAUACACCUAUAGCUGCCCAACCAAUUACCUCAGUCCCUCCUACCACCAAAAUCCCUCUGUCAUUACCUGCACUUCCCAUUAAACGCCUAACUCCUGAGGAACGCCAAGCAUGUAGGGAAAAGAACCUUUGUUACAAUUGUGACGAAAGGUUUGUGGCUGGCCACAGAUGCAAGGGUCGUGCCAUUCUCUUAUAUUUGGAAGGUACAGAAGAUGAACCGCCUGACAUUCUUGAUAACCACACACAGGAAACUCCUCCUGUUGACACGCUACAACCUUUUGUCUCUGAUGUUUCUCCGAAAAUCAGUUACAAUUCGUUGUUUGGUCAUAGAUCAGCCAAUUCCUUCUGUUUGCAGGGAUCAAUUGUGGGUAAACCGGUCCAAAUUCUGGUGGACGGCGGUAGUACUCAUAAUUUUGUAACACUCUGUAUGGCUUUGUACUUGUAUCUCACACUACAUGUUAUCCCUCCUUUCAAGGUUCAGGUGGGAAAUAGUGAUGCUCUCACUUGUUUAGCCAUUUGUAAGACAAUUACUGUUGAUAUUCAAUCCAAUUUGUUCACUGUGGAUUUGUAUGUCAUUGAUUUAAAAGGGGCUAACAUCGUUUUAGGGGUUCAAUGGCUCGCCACUUUGGGCCCCAUUCUAACAGAUUAUGCUGCUUUCACUAUGUCCUUUACUUAUAACAAUUCACAGGUUUUACUCCAAGGCAUAGGCGCAGUUACUUCUAGCCAAGUCAGUUUGUCCCAAUUGCAUAAACUCAUACUUCAAAACUCUGUCUCUUCAUGCCUCAUGUGCUUCACCUCACCAGAGAUUUUACCCCCACCCUCUACACUAGUUUCAGGGCCUUCUAGGGAGUUGUCUACCUUACUGCAACAAUUUACUGACAAUUUUGCAGAACCUACCUCUUUGCCUCCAGACCGUGAUUAUAACCAUCACAUCCACCUCUUACCCAAUUCCAAACCCAUUCAAGUAAGACCAUAUCGCUACCCCCACUACAAAAAAAAUGAGAUAGAAAAAUUGGUGGCAGACAUGUUACACAAGGGCCUCAUCCAGGGCAGUCAUUCAGCCUUCAGCUCCCCAGUCUUAUUGGUCAAAAAGAAAGACGGCACUUGGAGAUUCUGGGUAGACUACCGUGCCCUUAAUGCCAUUACUGUGCAAGAUAAGUUCCCUAUUCCUACUAUUGAUGAGUUAUUAGAUGAGUUACAAGGGGCCACAGUGUUCUCUAAACUAGAUUUGAGGUCUGGCUACCAUCAAGUGAAAAUGAACCCUGCUGACAUGCACAAGACAACUUUCAGGACUCACUAUGGGCACUUUGAGUUUGUGGUUAUGCCCUUUGGGCUUUCCAAUGCCCAUUCCACCUUCCAAUCCACCAUGAAUGCCAUUUUUUCUGAAUUUCUCAAGAAAUUUGUCGUCAUUUUCUUUGAAGAUAUUUUAGUCUAUAGCUUUUCUCCAGAGAUUCAUGUGGAUCAUUUGACUGCUGUAUUUAGCACCAUGCGUUCUCACUCAUUGUUUGCUAAGCUGGAAAAAUGCGCAUUUGCUCAAAGUGAGAUACCCUACUUGGGUCAUGUUAUUUCGGGACAAGGUGUCACUCCUGAUCCGGAUAAAAUUAAGGCUAUAGUCGAGUGGCCAGUUCCUACAACCUCUACUCAAGUUCGAGCAUUUCUGGGGAUUUCUGGUUACUAUCGGAAAUUCAUAAAAAAAUAUGCUACAAUGGUCGCUCCUCUCACCGAUUUACUAUCCAAAACUGGUUUUAUAUGGUCUGAGUUGGCCAAUCAGGCCUUUGAGACUCUGAAACAACUUUUGGUAUCGACUCCUAUUUUGGCUCUCCCCAAUUUCUCAUACCCUUUCAUGGUGGAAACAGAUGUUUCAGGUGUGGGUAUUGGCGCGGUUCUAUUACAGAAGGAGAAACCAAUUACCUAUUUUAGUCGCAAACUUUCCCCAACUAUGCAACGACAGUCAGUCUAUGUCAGGGAGAUGUUUGCCAUUACCUCCGCCAUCAGCAAGUGGCGCCAGUAUUUACUGGGUGCACCUUUUAUUAUACGCACGGAUCAUAAAAGUUUACAUAACCUGAUGAACCAGAGGUUAGAAUCAGAAUACAAGUCAGAUGAGUACUCUACGCAGCUAAUGGAUCAAUUACAAAAUAAUCCUACAGCUCUAACUGAUUGGCAGUUCCACAAUGGCCUUCUACUCCACCGGUCCUGCAUUUUUCUUCCUACAGGGUCUUCUUUGAUUCCACACAUCCUCCAUGAUUUUCAUACCUCAGUGCAAGGUGGGCACUCCGGAGUUCAGGCCUGCAUCCAUCGAAUUCAUCGGAACUUCACUUGGAAGGGAUUGCGCAAAGACGUUAAAGAAUAUAUACACAACUGUGAAACAUGCCAAAAAUUAAAAGCUCCUAACCACUUGCCUUUCGGACUACUGCAACCGUUACAAAUACCAGACACCCUCUGGGCUCACAUCAGCAUGGAUUUUAUCACCCAUUUGCCCAAAUUUGCCAGCCACACUGCAAUCUUGGUAGUUGUUGAUAGAUUCUCCAAGGCCGCUCAUUUUGUUCCUCUUCCUGCUACCUAUUCAGCAGUGAUAGUUGCCCAAUUUUUUUGGGAUUUUAUCGACAAGCUUCAUGGGCUUCCCGAAUCCAUUGUGACAGAUCGCGAUCCCAUCUUCCUCAGUGAUUUUUGGAGAUCUCUUUUUAAGAUGCAAGGUACAAAGUUAAAUUUUAGUUCCAGUUACCACCCCCAAUCUGAUGGACAAACCGAAAGGCCGUAUCGACAGCUCUCUGUCGCUCGCCGAUCUUCCCAGAAGCUCGCCCUUCGCUACUAUGGACCGUUUGAGGUUGAAGAAAGGAUUGGCUCAGUGGCUUAUCGGCUAAAGUUACCACCUUCAACACGGAUCCAUCCGGUUUUCCACGUUUCUUUAUUGCGACCUUUUCACGCAGGACAUAAGUAUAAGGUUCAUCCUUUACCCAUGGCUGACAAAGAAACCCCACUCCUGCACUUUCCAUCUGCUGUGGUUGGAUCUCGACACAUUUGGAGGAAGGGGGAACUGAUACCACAUGUUUUGGUUCAGUGGCAAAAUUUACCAGUGGAAGACUCCACUUCGGAGGACCGGGCUAUGGUGUUGAACACCAUAAGUACAGACCUCAACCGGAUGACGAUGAUAGGAGCAAAGGAAGAAGAAAGGCUCAGUGGAGAGACUGAACGAGAAAACGUGCAAAGGACCUCUCUGACCAACUCACCCACUUCACCUCACAUUAAUGUCCAACAGCUACCUAGGACAACUCAACUGGUUCCCACCUCGACGAUCCAGAUCAUUCCCUCUGCAACAUCUCAGCCCUUGGUUGCUCCUGAUGCACUACAGCUGGAACCCACCAUCCCUUUUGAUCCAACGUCCCAGGUUUGUUGCUGUCGUGGAGAAGGGAUCUCAAUCGUUCGAUUCCUACCCAUCACCAGAGUCGUUCCCAGCCAACCACGCGUCCUUGCCAUUACGACUUGA